AACUUGAAUUAACUUAACUAAACGGAACUUCAGACAAAACCAAAAAAAAAAAUAAAACAAAAAACUCAAAGCAAGGCAUAGCUAAACCUAAAGCUGAAUCUAAAACCAAAACCAAGGCAGUAGCUGUCAAAACUUUUUUGACCAUAAAACUUGCAGAAGACGCUCGAAAGACGGCCAGCAGAAUGAACGACAGUCGACGCAACACGGCAACGGAAUUCAGUUACAUACUGCAACGGCAGGGCAGCGAUGUGUCUGCAGCCGAGGCUUAUGCAUUCGACGACUUCAACAAUUUAAUGAAGAGCGACCAUCAGACACAUCAGCAACAGGGCCAGCAACAGCAGCAGCAACAACAACAACAGCAGCAGCAACGCCAGCUUCAAACUUCGCAACAACAACAACAACAACGAGGGGAUGGGAUAUCCAGCGACACGUUGUCCUCAUUACCACAAGCAUCGUUCAACUACAUCAACUCCAUCGUGGGCAGCGGCGUCAUUGGCAUACCCUAUGCCCUGCACCGCGCCGGCUUCGGUCUGGGCCUGGCGCUGCUCAUCCUGGUCGCCUACAUAACCGACUAUUCGCUCAUACUGAUGGUUCGAUGCGGCCACAUCUGCGGCCGAUUCAGCUACCCGGGCAUCAUGGAGGCUGCCUACGGCAAAUACGGCUACUAUUUGCUAUCGCUGCUGCAGUUCAUGUAUCCUUUUCUGGCCAUGAUAUCGUACAAUGUUGUCGUUGGCGAUACCUUGUCUAAAGUUCUGGUACGCUUCUUUCCCUCGUGGGGCGAUUCCAUGGGCGCGGUUCGAUUGGGCGUCGUCUUCUUUGUCACCGUCGGCGUUGUCGUCCCACUGUGCCUCUAUAAGAACGUCUCCCGUCUGGCGCGCGCCAGUUUCAUUAGCCUGGCUUGCGUGGUCUUCAUAUUGUUUGCCGUCAUCAUAAAGCUCAUUUCCGGCGAUUAUAAAGUCACGGACACGGCUGACUCUUGGCGGUUCGCGAACUCGGAUCUAAUACCCGCCACGGGCAUUAUGGUGUUUGCUUUCAUGUGUCAUCACAACACGUUUCUCGUUUAUCAAUCGAUGCGCGAAGCGACCAUGGAACGCUGGGAGAAGGUCACCCACAUCUCGAUUGGAUUUGCCUGGACUGUGGCGGCGCUCUUCGGCAUUGCGGGCUACUCGACAUUCCGCGCCCUCUCGCAGGGCGAUUUGCUGGAGAACUAUUGCUGGGACGAUGACUUAAUGAAUUUCUCGCGUGUGCUCUUCUCUAUAUCCAUAUUGCUGACAUUUCCCAUCGAAUGCUUCGUUUCACGUGAGAUUGUGCGCGCGCUGGUGCAUCGGUUUGUGCUGAAGGAGCCCAUCAGCGAGUUUACCCAGGACAAGGAUCCCAGCUUGGAGAAGGGCGCCGAAAUCGAUGAGUAUUCGAAGGCGAUUACCUUGGCCAUUGUGUUCAGCGCCUUCAUAAUAUCGCCCAUGACCGACUGCCUGGGCUCCGUCUUGGAAUUAAAUGGCCUGCUGGCAGCCAUACCCCUGGCCUAUAUACUGCCCGGCCUGGCCUACAUACAAAUGGAACCGCAUGCCCUCUUCAGCCGGGAGAAGCUGCCCGCCUUGGGCCUGGUCGUAUUUGGCGCUGUGGUUACCAUACUGGGCGCUGCGGUCCUCCUGCCAGGUCUAAUGGGCGACGAUUGCCGUUCGGAUAUUGUGAUGGGCUAUUGCCGGCAGGAGUUCCAGAAUGCCACAACCACCGCACAGGUGGUCCUCAACUGAGGAGGCAGCAGCAAAAAGAGGCGGCGGCAGCAGCCAAGCCAAAAGUCAUUAGUUAAGUCAUAAGCAUUGGCAAUACAUUUGCAUUGAUGUGGGUUUUACGGGUUGUGGAUUCUAGAUUGCAGAUUACGGAUUGCGGAUUGCGGUUGGGGUUUACAUUUUAUUUAUUCAUUUAUUUCUUUUGCUGGUCUUAGCUUUUGUACUCCUGCAGAUUUGUAUUAAUGUGAUUUUAUGGCAGAGUACGUUAAGUAUUUAUAUUCAUAUACUAUUCUACUUAUAAGUCUGUCCGUAGAUCAAAGGUUGUUUAUCCUUGAGA